UUCCCCAACUUCUCUUUCGUUGGCCAUACGAAAACGUCUCACCUAAAGAUUUAAUCUUUUGGUGGCGCUAGUUCGUUGAUUUUGAUCUAUUUGGCAAUACACUCUGCUUUUGUAUCGUCAUAGUUCUUUUUCUCUUUCUUCAUGACGAUCUAGUAGGACGUAGUACUGUUACUGAUUUCCUGGCCCAUUUUCAAGAUGGCGACUACCAACGAUGAAAAGCACCCAAAGUUCGAAGCUCCCGAUGCUUCUGACUCUGGGUCCCAAGAGUUCAUUGAGAAUGCCGACGGUCUGCAGCGGCGCCUUAACAAUCGCCAGAUCCAGCUCAUCGCCAUCGGCGGCUCGAUUGGCACUGCUCUCUUCGUCAGCAUCGGAAGUGGGCUUUCCACGGCCGGCCCAGCCAGCCUUUUCUUGGCCUACGCCCUGUACUCAAUGGUUCUCGGAUUGGUAAACAACUCUAUCGCGGAGAUGACAGUCCUAAUGCCCGUAUCUGGAGGAUUCAUUCGUCUCGCAGGCCACUGGGUCGAUGAUGCCCUGGGAUUCAUGACUGGCUGGAAUUUCUUCAUAUAUGAAGCUCUGCUAAUUCCCUUCGAAAUCACGGCACUCAAUCUCGUCAUCUCUUUUUGGGAUGAUAGCAUCACCAAUCCGGGCCCUACUGCUGGCAUUUGCGCUGCAGUCAUCGUUUGCUAUGCUCUAUUAAACGUCCUCGCUGUGAAAGCUUAUGGUGAAGCAGAAUUCUACCUCUCUGGAGGAAAGGUUAUUCUCAUCUUCAUGCUCUUUGCUUUCACUUUUGUGACCAUGGUUGGUGGAAAUCCUGCCCACGACGCCUACGGCUUUCGAUACUGGAACAAUCCCGGAGCCUUCGCCGAGUAUCAUACCAACGGUGCCCUCGGUCGUUUUGAAGGUUUCUUGACUGCUCUCUGGAGCGCUGCUUUCGCUGUCGUCGGACCCGAGUACAUUUCCAUGGUGGCUGCCGAAGCUCAGCGACCUCGUACCUACAUCAAGACCGCCUUCAAGACCAUUUAUCUCCGAUUUGGCAUUUUCUUCAUGGGCAGUGCCUUGGCUGUCGGCAUCAUUCUUCCUUACAAUGACAGCACCUUGUCCAACCUCGUCAAUGGCGGAAAGGGCAGCGGGACUGCCGCGGCUUCACCAUACGUCAUUGCUAUGCAAAACAUGGGAAUCUCAGUGCUACCCCAUAUUGUCAAUGCGUUGAUGAUGACGUCCAUUUUCUCUGCUGGUAACACAUACACCUACUGCGCAACCCGUUCGCUGUAUGGCUUGGCUCUUGAAGGUCGGGCUCCUCGAUUCCUGCGCAAGUGCACGAGCAAGGGUGUGCCCAUCAACGCAUUUUUGGUCGUCAUGUGCUUCCCUUUCCUGUCUUUCCUUCAAGUUGGCAAUGGGUCUGCUGUCGUGCUUGACUGGCUGGUAACUCUGAUCACGGCCGGUGGCAUUAUCGACUACCUCGUCAUGUCAGCGACCUAUCUGUGCUUCUAUAGGGCAUGCAAGGCCCAGGGCGUUGACCGGAAGACAUUCCCAUACGUCGGUUGGGGCCAGCCUUACUGUGCCAUCAUCGCUUUUGUGGUCCAGCUCAUGGUUGUGGGAGGUUACGGAUACGCUUCUUUCAUUCCCUGGGACGUCAAGAGCUUUUUCCGCAACUAUACCAUGCAGAUUCUGGCGCCCAUUCUCUUCAUCUUCUGGAAGGUUUUGAAGCGCACGCGAUUCGUCCGACCUAGCGAAGUUGAUCUCGUAUGGCAACGACCAACGAUUGAUGCUUAUGAGGCACACCUUAUCGACCCUCCCACCGCAUUCUGGACUGAGAUGCUGCAAAUGGUCGGCAUCAAGCGCAAGAAGAACCCAGCCACAGUUCACGUGUAAGAUGGAAAGCUAAAGUGAGAGCUUUUUAGACACUUGUUGGGGUCGGGAGCUUUGAAGAUGGAUUUACGAUUAUACGUCCUUGUUACGCCCUCUUUCUUCUUCUUUUUUUACGUUUUUUUGUUUUAUAUACCCAUCACGUUUUGUGGAAUAGAGAGAUUCCACUACUGGGAUAUACGGGGGUUAGACGUAUAUAAACGCACGACUCAUAUAUAUUUAGCAUACAUAGAUAUACAUAUACACAGGACAUAUAAGAGAAGAAAAAAAUAUAUAUAUUUCAAG